AUGCCUCACCACGUGCUGGCGAUGGGGACAGUAUUGGCGGCCCUGGGGGCAAAGGCCGCGGGAUCGGCAGUUGAUCCCACGUCACUCCUUGGAACGGGAGCGGCUCCCAUCAGCAAAGGCAUGGGGUCGGCGCUUUUGUCUUUGAAAGCGAGCAAGUUGGGAGCAGUCACAGCGGCAGCCCCAGCCAGCUCCUUCAUUGCGCAUGCGGGAGAUGCUGCGACAGGGGCAAUGGGCGUAGGAGGUGCGGCAGCUGCGGCAGCUCCAAAGGCAGCAGCAGCUGCAUCAGGAGCAACGGGUCCUGGGAAGGCAGCUGCCAGCUUAGUGACUUCCAAGGCAGCAAGUGUAACUGCGGCAGGGGGGAAGGCAGCUGGAGGUGGUGGGGCGGCCGCUGCGCAUUCUUCUAUGUUGAAGGUAGGUCAAAAGGCAUGUUUUGUAAAGAAGAGAGGGGUGGCCUUUGGCAGGGGAAAGGGCAAGGGAGUGCAGGCCCACCGUUCUGCAGCAACGGGAGGAGGGGGGGGGAGCUCAGCGCCCAAGGCCCCCCAUGCCCAAGAGCCGGCGCAUGGAACAGCUGGUCCAUCUACCACAGCUCAUGGCCACCAUCAUCCGCCGCAGUCGGCACCUGGAGGCCAUACUAUCUCCCACACGGCUACAGAGGCCUCCCGAACAGCAGGCGGUCGGGGGUCGGGUCUCCAGGGCCCCCUGCUGGGGCAAGGGGGCCCCUCAGGCACAAAUGGGGGAGCAGGGUAUGCUGGGGCUCCACCAGUUGGCGCUGAAGGAGGGGAGGAGUUUAUGCCUGGGCCCCUUGCAACCCACAGCCAUUCAAAGUUCCUGCAGCUGCACAAGGGCCCCGCUCCCAACAGCAAUGUGGCGUUCGUAGGUACGUCUUCGGCCUCUUCCACCAUACCCACGGCCACCAUCACCACCACCCCUGCGGCAGCAUCAACUGCAGCAGCAUCAACUGCAGCAGCAUCAACUGCAGCAGCAUCAACUACAGCAGCAUCAACUGCAGCAGCAGCAGCAGCAGACCAUGCAGGCGACCUCCCCGCUGCUGCCGGCCCCCUUAUGCGGGCCUCGGAGUUCGGCGCGCCUGGGAUCGGAGCCGACCCGGAAGCGCUCGAAGGCGCAGCAGCAGCAGCAGCAUCUGGGAGCUCCAAGGGUUCUCUAUUUAGAGGCUUCAUGGAGGGGGCCCUUGGCAUGGAUAACUCAGGGGGGCAAGGCGGCAUGCUGCACACCUUGUCAAGUGGGUUGGGGAACAACCUGUUCAACAAUUGGUGGGGAGACAGCGCGGCGAUGGGGGGGGCAGCGGCUGCCAUGGGGGCUGCAGCGGCCGAUCCCUCUUUGGGAUCGUUCGAUCCCACCAUGGGGGCGCUCGAUCCCACAGAUAUGACGGCGAUGGAUCCCACAGAUAUGGGGGCGCUCGACCCCACAGAUAUGGGCGAUGUCACAGACAUGGGAGAUGCGGAGUAUGUAGAAGAGCAGUCGAUGGCCUUUGCUGCGCUGCUACCUACCCUCUUUGGCCGUCUGACUGGACAGGUCAAGACAGCGGGGCCCCCUCUUCCUGGAAAGUCCCGAUUGGUAAGGAGUGACUCUAUAGCCUCCACUGCAUGCACCAGCGAUGAGUCUGCCUCUGACAAACUAGACACCGAGGCCGAGGUCCUCUUCCCAGGUCGGCGGGUGUAUCGGUCUCGGAUGGACGACAGACAGAGCAACUAUGCCGAGUUCCUCUGCUGA